GCGGUAACUGUGGAUAGUCCGGUCGAAGGUUACCUUCUACGCACUCCAUUACCGAGCGCACUUGCAUUCCAAGCAGUCUCCUGGGCGUGGGGCAAUGUGCGAAAUACACUACAGAUCAAGGUGAAUGGAGUAAUGAUCUCGAUACCUGCGAACCUCUUGUCAGCGCUCCAAACUUUCCGUCAGACGGACAAGCCGACGAUACUCUGGGUUGAUACCCUGUAUAUCGAUCAAUCAAACACUAGUAGGAAGAAUCACCAAGGACGCCUCAUGAAGGACCUAUACACCUCUGCUUACACGUUCCUCGCAUGGAUCGGUCUUGCGACUACAGAGAGUAUUGCCGGCAUGACUUGGUUGGAAGAAUUUCUGCAUCCUGCAAAACAUCGGGCGACGGCCAAUGACCCUGAUGAUAUCCAAGGGAUACCGUGGUGGACUCGGAUGUGGGUGGUGCAAGAAGUGCUUCUUGCGAAG